CCAAUAUGGCGGACCGUUCGAAGCGGUAUAAGAAAAUUGACUUUCUUGGCGAGGGUCAGUUUGCCACAGUUUACAAAGCAGAGGACCAGCAAACUGGACAAAUUGUAGCGGUGAAAAAGAUCAAGCUUGGAAGAAGGAGUGAAGCAAAAGAUGGGAUCAACAGAACUGCCUUGAGGGAAAUCAAACUGCUGCAGGAAAUUUCACAUGAAAAUAUAAUUGGCUUACUGGAUGUUUUUGGACAUAAAUCAAACGUCAGUUUGGUAUUUGAUUUCAUGGAGACAGAUCUCGAGGUGAUAGUGAAAGACACAAGCAUUAUGCUAACACCUGCACACAUAAAAAGUUUCAUAUUGAUGACUUUACAAGGAUUGGAAUACCUUCACCUGAGCUGGAUACUUCAUAGGGAUCUAAAACCCAACAACUUGCUAAUUGAUCAAAACGGCGUCUUAAAACUUGGAGAUUUCGGUUUGGCGAAAUAUUAUGGCAGCCCAAACAGAAUAUAUACACACCAAGUUGUGACAAGAUGGUAUCGUUGUCCAGAGUUACUGUUUGGUGCUCGUAUUUAUGGGACUGGUGUUGACAUCUGGGCUGUAGGAUGUAUCAUGGCUGAACUCCUUUUACGAGUUCCAUUUUUGCCCGGAGAGUCAGAUUUGGACCAACUCAGUAGGAUAUUCCAGGCUCUCGGGACACCUACUGAAGAUUCGUGGCCGGGCUUGAAGACUCUACCUGACUACGUGGAGUUUAAGUCAUUUCCCGGCACACCUCUCAAAGAUAUCUUCAGCGCCGCUGGUGAUGAUUUGCUAGACCUCUUGGCUAGAUUACUUGAUUGUAAUCCCAACGGUCGAGUUUCAUCAAGUCAGGCUUUACAGAUGCCAUAUUUUUCCAAUAAGCCGGCGCCAACUCCACCAAAUUUACUACCAACUCCAAAAGUUCCCGGGGCGGACAUCGUAAAGGUUGAUGAGAAGGCGAAGAAACGAAAACUGGCUGGCAUUGCCGAGGCAAAGAAUGUUGGAAGCAAAAGACUUUUGUUUUAAGAGUGUGAAAUUGACGAACUUAGUGACAAUGUAUCCGCGUAUAGUUUGCAAGGUGUGGAAAUGGUUCAAAAAUUAAGGUGGUCAGAAAUAUGAUCGGAAAUCGGUCGAAAUUCAAAAUCGAUUCAGUUAGAGAAAUAGUUGCAGCAAACAUUUUCAGCAACUUGAAAACAGUAAUUUCGGCUUCAAUUCCUCCGUCUACAUCGCACACCUAGAGAAAUGUGUCGCGUUCUUUAUCGGAGUUUGCCGAAUCAUGACAUUGUGGGUUGGUAUAUAGUUGUUUGGGUCAGCGUUGUUCAUUGGGAAGUGAUUGAUUUCCUAAACCUCGUCAAAGAGAAAAGGAUUGAUAUUUAUAGACUAAGAGAAGUGUUUUCAUUCCUUGUUUCUAUUUACUAAAGUUGAAAACAUGAGUAUCCAACGGAUAUUUACAAUAUCCAGCGCCACUAUUACCUCCUGAAAAGAACUACAGGUAGAUCUAGUUUCGCUAGUCCUUCCACAGGCAAUAAAAUUGAAUAAUACAAAUACUAUAAGAAGAUAUAUUUAAUAAUAAAACACAUUUCAGUUAAAGUUGGCGA